AUGGACAUAGAUAACAGCUGGACUGGACAACAGCUGGAGUUUGUCCUGGUGGUUUGCUUUGGUUCAAAAAGAAAAAUUGAGGAAAUCAAGGACUUUCUACUCACAGCCCAGCGGAAGGAUGCCAAAUCUGUCAAGAUCAAGAAGAACAUGGAUAAUGUGAAGUUCAAGGUCCGCUGUAGCAGGUACCUUUACACCCUGGUUAUCACAGACAAAGAGAAGGCAGAGAAGCUGAAGCAGUCCCUGCCCCCAGGUUUGGCAGUGAAGGAGCUGAAAUGA